AUGUCUAUUUUGCUGUUAUUUGAAUGCUACAUCUUGAAUAACAUCGACAGCACGUUUGAAUUAAUUACAGUCAGCAUACCUCCCAUAUCCACAUUACUAAAACAACUUGCUUUUUGCUUAAAUGGAGAUCAUUUUCUUGCAGAAUUAAUAUUUCUUAGAGAGCCUGCUCUCACUUCAGUACCCCGCCAUUUAGAAAACCAAAUGAAGCGACACCUCAAUUUAGCCAAAUAUUUUGGAGAUCGUUACCUACUCAUGUGUCUUGCAAGUGCUGUUGGAUAUAACCUUCUACCACUAAUUACAGACAAACCCUUACCAAUUCCAUUUACUCUGCUGCAUGCUAGUCUCUACCAGCCAGGAAUUUACUUGUUAGAAAUUUGUUACCUCUUAAACGGCACAGCAAAUAACUGCUGCUUGGACUAUUUGGCUCUAAAUUGCAUGUGUGUAAUUCGAGGGCAAAUAUGCGUAUUAAAUGGAAAACUUCGAGAAGCCCGUGUAAUAUGUAAAGAAGAGAAAGAUCUUAAUGUGGAAUUGGUACGCUAUAUCAGUGCAUGCGUGGAGCAACAUGCUAAAAUAAUCGAGCUCGUCGAAUUAACUGAAAAGGUGUUUUCUGAAAUUGUUUUGAUACAGUAUCUGACUAGCAUCGCUGCAAUCUGCAUUAUUGGAUUUCGAAUGGUGACUGUGGAUCUCGUCAGUUUUCCAUUUCUACUCAUGGCAGCCUUUUUACUUUGCAUGUUUUGCCAACUGGGAAUUUAUUGCUGGUUUGGAAAUGAAAUUAUUUUGCAAAGUCUACUGACUCGAGAGGCUUGUUAUGAAUUUGAUUGGAUCAACGCCGAUUUACAAGUGAAGAAUAUGUUACUAAUCAUAAUGGAACGCUCCAAACGACCUCUGCAUCUAACAGCCGGAAAAUUUUCUAUUCUCUCCUUAGAUUCUUUCACAUCGGUUAUUAAUUCAGCAUAUACUUUUUUCGCUGUGAUUCAAACAAAAUAUAGUCAGUCGUCAAGCCAUAAUUUAUAGGCUUUGUCAAUUCUGUACUCUUCUACGUAAUUAUGACAAUGUUGAGCGAAAAAAUCAGUGCUUUCAAAUUGGAAAAAUCCCAAGGAGUAAUUCCAAUAUAAAAUAUAUAUAACAUAAGAUUAAAUAUAGGAUAUCUUAUCUCCUUUGUCACGCAGAUAAUAGAUCAAAUAAUAUUAUUCACGUAACUCAUGUAAAAUAAAGUAAAUAUUUUGUAAUUUUAGUAGGCUAAAUAUCUCUUAAACUCCAAAUGCCACAUUUUUAAUUAACAAUAAUAAUUCUAACACUUGGAUUAGAUUCGCAAGAUCUUAAUAUUUCCAAGCGUUAAUCACCAUUAUCUUACUCUUAUAAAUAAAUUUCUUGAACUUGUCUCAGAUUGCUGAAGUUGUUGGCAAAACCUAUCCAAAAACGUUCACUAAAAUAUCACAAAAAUCCUGUACUCUAAAUACAAAACGAUUUAGUGAACAUAAAUUUGUAUUUGUCUUCGCAAAAUCUGCAUCAAGAACAACUAAAAGAGGAAGAGACAGACAAACUCAAGAAUUUUAUUAUAAACUCUUGAAAUUAAUGAAUGGGGGGACAAGUGUUCAAGAGAUAGAGGAUAGUUCUAGGGAAAUCGAUCACAAAGUAUAGAUUUGAAAGGCAAGCGUUUUUUACAUAGUCAAAAUCACGAAUACUUUAAGGAAUAGAUAUUUUAAGAUGGUUUAUCUAAGGAAAAAUGAAAACCAAAAGUACUUGAUUCUUUGCAAAGACGAAUAAAACGUCUUUCAAUCGUAAACAUGUUCAAUCCCAACAAUUUUUGUAGUAAUAAAUAUGUAAUUUAU